AGCUGUAAAACAAAAUUGCCGUUCCCGUAUUUAUUAAAUACCACGUCAAAGAACCGAAAUACUUAAUUAUUUUUAAAAUGUCUAUUUCUCCUGCAAAAAACGAAAAAAUGAAGUCGAACUCCAAACCAAAUAAACCAAAACUAAACGGAGUAAAUCGCUUUGAAGAAAUACAUGCCAAGAAUAUAGCAGCGGCUAAGAAAUUAGUGGAAAAAUAUUCCUCCAGCUCUGAUGAAGAUGAUGAGGAGAUUAAUGAAAACAAAAUUCUUGAUACUCUAUAUAAGCAUUACAAACUUGGCACUGGAUCAACAGAUAUCACAACAGCAUUACAACAAAAAACUGCAACCUUCCUUGAAAACGCGUUGCACUCGGGAUCUGCAACUUGUGUAAUUUGCAUUGGGAGCGUGCGUCGUUCUGAUUCAAUAUGGACCUGCAAACAUUGUUUUUGUUUCUUUCAUUUGAACUGUAUACGCCGAUGGGCCAAUGACAGUAUUGCGCAAAUGAAAGCUAAAUGUGAGCAGACGUCUAUUGACCAGGGUUACUAUAAUCAUCUUGGCCAGUUUGUACCACCGAAGCGUAAACGACCAUUGCAUUGGAGUUGUCCACAAUGUCGUAAAGAUUACACAAUUGAAGAGAGGCCCACCACAUAUGAAUGUUUUUGUGGAAAGGAGGCAAACCCACGACCAGCACCUUUUUUGUUACCACAUUCAUGUGGAGAAAUAUGCGGAAAAAGCUUAAAACCAGCAUGUGGCCAUACUUGUAUGUUGCUCUGCCAUCCAGGCCCUUGCCCGCCUUGUUCUCAAUAUGCAAAUACUAGCUGUCUAUGUGGUCAAUCCGAGAAAAGAUCUAUACGCUGUAUAGAUAAGGAAUGGAAAUGUGAUAGAAAGUGUAACCAAUUGCUAACAUGCGGACAGCACAAAUGUAAAGCAUCAUGUCAUAAACCUAAUCAGUGCCCUCCUUGCACGAAUACUAGUUUGCAGCCAUGUGAAUGUGGAAAUGAAACCAUUAAACGAAAUUGUUCUGAGCUCAGAUGGAAUUGUAAAAAGGUUUGCGGCUUAAAAUUUUCAUGUAGCACUCAUACUUGCAAACGUGUUUGCCAUUCAGGCCCUUGUGGCGAUUGUCCUUUAAGUUUGCCGCGCUCAUGCCCAUGUGGUAAAACUCAAAAAGUUGUACCAUGCACUGAAGUCAUUGAUCCUUGCGGUGAUACUUGUCAAAAGCUUUUAUCCUGUGGGGUGCAUACUUGUUCACAACGUUGUCAUCGGGACGAAUGUAAUUUGUGCUUGAUUAUAACAAAGAAGAAAUGCCGUUGUGGCAUACAUGAAAAAGAAUUGCCUUGUUGGAAGAGCUUUAUAUGUGAAACUAAAUGCAAACGAAUGCGAGAUUGUGGAAAACACACCUGCAACAAAAAGUGUUGUGAUGGCCGAAUGUGUCAGCCUUGUGAUAAAGUUUGUGGUAAACCACUUACUUGCCAGAAACACAAAUGCCAGUCGGUUUGCCACGAAGGUCCCUGUUAUCCUUGUAACCAGCAAUCGCAAGUGAAUUGUCGUUGUGGUAAGACGUCCAAGCGAGUACCUUGCGGCCGUGAACGCACUGCACGUGUAAUGUGCAUGGAAUUAUGCCGCAUUCCUUCGAAGUGUCACCAUCCAAUAAAACAUCGCUGCCAUAAAAGUGAAUGUCCACCGUGUAAUCAGAAAUGUGGCCUACCAAAUAAUACGACCGGAUGUCAGCAUAUUUGUGAAGCUAAAUGCCAUGUAGCGGUUAAAUUUAAUGAACAAACUAAAACGAACGGAAGUGCAAGUGUUUGGGGUCAAAAUAAAAAGUUUGAAUUCAAAACUCUGCCACAUCCAGCGUGUGAACAACCGGUGACAGUUACUUGCAUAGGUGGCCAUGAAAUAGCUGAAUGGCCUUGUUGGAAUUCAAAGCCUACAUCCUGUCAACGUAAAUGCAAUCGCUCUUUACGUUGUGGCAACCACAAAUGUGUGCUCGUAUGUCACUCUGUGCCGGACUUAAAAGAUAUGAAGGAACAAAUCGGUUGCGCUAGUUGCCAAGAAGGUUGUAUUAUUCAGCGUCCACCAGGUUGCGAACACGCUUGUUCACGACCCUGUCAUCCACCGCCAUGUAAUCCGUGUGACAAAAUGAUAAAAACGAAAUGUUAUUGUGGCUUAACGCAACUAAUAUACAAAUGUUCAGAAUACUAUAAAGUGGAAGGCACCGAAGAAGAAAUAGCCAUGACACAGGCACGAUUGAAGAGCUGUGGAAACCGCUGCCUCAAGACCUUUCCGUGCGGUCAUCGCUGCCAUACGACUUGUCAUCCAGGCAAGUGUCCAAAUCCUGAAAUGUGUCGGAAGAAAGUGCGCAUAUUUUGCGAAUGCAAACGUAUUAAAGUUGAAGUAUCCUGUGAUAAACAUCGCGCCGGUCAAACAACCAUACCAUGCGACGUCUUCUGUAUUGAAACCCAGAAAAAACUGGCAGAACAAUUGAGGCGCGAACAGGAGAAACUGCGACAGCAAGAGGAAGCUAAAAAUCGCGCAGAAGUUGAACAAUUUGAAAAGAAAUUCAACAAGCGUAAAUAUAAAGAACGUAAGGUGCUGAAUGAGAAAGCGAGCAGGCAGAUAAAUUGGAAAUUAUUUGGUAUUUACGGUGGCAUAAUACUAGCAAUCGUUAUAGCCAUUGCUGUAGCAUUUUAUGCAGAUAGUUAAAAAGUUGUAUUUAACAAAUGUUGCCCAACUAAACGAAGAAGUUACGUUUCGGAUUUGCAAAGGCUUGUAGUUUUAUAUAUGGUGACAUUUUGAAUCAACUUUUUUUCGGACUACGAAAGAAUUUUAAUAUUUAAUUUAAUAUAAGUUGUAGUUGUUUGUUUUGAUCAAAAAUUUAAUACAUACCUUAAUUGUUUCAUUGUGACCUCAAUAAGAGUUAAAGAAAUAAAUAAUAAUAAUAUUAAUUUUGUAUGCAAA